AUGUGUCCCUCAGAGCUGGCGAAGCUGGCAAAGCUUACGACCGACGAACUUGCUGUCAGCAUAAAGCCCAUCCUUCCAGAGCUAUCGCAAAGAAGCUCGCAAGCGGAACCAGCAGCCGUGGCAGCCAUCACAUCUAUCCUCACGCCACAUCCGGGAGACGAUGACAGAGUGACUAAGACCAUACGGGGUCACAUCAUUUACUGCAUCCUUAUUAAGCUGCCCUUCGAGCAACUACAAGCCUAUCAAAACACGGUUGCAGCAGUCAACGCUCAGAACACAGAAACUUCCAAAGUAAAGCCUGACUUUUACUUUGAUAACAUGAAAAGGCUAGAGCGCUUCAUGGUCGAGCCAGAGGCAGUAUGGGUAGCCGAGGACUGGUUGGAUUUGGUCGGCUUCCGUACCCUGGUUGACAGGGUUCAUACUGCUGAGCAAAUGCGACCGUACAUGCGGGACCUGUAUCACUGGCUCGUGGAUAGCGAAUUACCUGACAGCUAUAGCCAAAAGCAGCUCGCUCGAUUUCCAGAGACUGCUGCCGCUGUGGCAGCCGAGAUUAUAAAUGACAUGGUUGCGGGUAAGGAAGCUCUGUCAAAAAAUGCUAGACGCUUGAACAGUUUAAUCAGCAACGUCCUCUUUGUGUAUGUACCUAUGGGGAAGGAUUGGAUGCUUCUGAGAAAGCCUAUAGAGUCCUUAACAGAAGUUCUUAAGGAGGUUGUAAAGAAGGGCGGCUGGAACGACUAUGAGAGCUGCUGGGAGGCUUGUGAGGUGGCUAUCUGA